AUGUCGUUCGGUGGGUUUGGUUCGUCAAACGCCUUCGGGCAGAACAAUCAGCAGCAAGGCUCUGGCUUUGGCAGCUCAGGAUUUGGAGGAUCAGGAACUGCAGGAGGAUUCGGAAGUAACACAACUCCCUUCGGUGCUGCCAAUACCGGGACUGGGGGAAGUGCAUUUGGGAGUAACACAACGGGAGGCUUCGGCUCCAGCGGAGGUUUCGGUAGUAACCAAACACAAACAAACUCCCUUUUCGGUGGCAACAAACCGAGUGGCUUUGGCUCCACAGCCACGACUGGAGGAGGUCUCUUUGGCAACAAUACCGCCACCACAUCGAGCGGAUUUGGGUCGGGAGGCUUUGGAUCCUCGGGUACAGGUACCACUGGGGCCUUCGGCAACAGCACCGCCGCAAACACCAAUCCUUUCGGAGCGAAACCAGCUACUGGUUUUGGCACUACUACUACCACUACUAGCACAGGCUUUGGCGGCACCGGGGGUGGCUUUGGUCAGACAGCAACCCCUGCUUUUGGAGGUGGAGCUGGCGCUGGCACUGCCUUCAACGGCCAGGCACCAGCCACAGAUGGAACAGCAGGCACUCCGUUCAAUCCAGUGACUGAGAAGGAUCCAAACUCGACCACAAAUAAUGUCUACCAGAGCAUAUCGUAUAUGCAACCCUACGCGCGACAUUCUUUUGAAGAACUUCGCCUAGCAGAUUACCAGGCUGGCCGUCGUUUUGCAAAUGCAAGCGGUCAAGCAGGUGCUUUUGGUGCUCCAGCAUUCGGCGGCUCGGGCUUCGGGCAACCAGCUGCUACCGGAGGUUUCGGAACUACUGGUGGUGGUUUCGGUGCAGCUGCUACCAGUGCCCCGGCAUUUGGUGCUCAAACACAGACCACUGGUGGGUUUGGCGCUAGUACAACCCAGACUAACUCACUCUUUGGAGCAAACAAACCAGCCGCUUCUUUGUUCGGAACCAGCAACACCGCUACUACUCAGCCAAGUCUCUUUGGAGCAAAUACAGCUACCACUGGUGGGUUUGGCGCCAAUACCACCAACACGACGGGCACAGGUUUUGGAGGAGGCUCAGGAUUGUUUGGAAAUCAGCAACAGCAACAGAAGCCUGGUUUGUUCGGUAAUACUCAAACUACAACUACUGGAUUCGGAAGUACUCCUAGUGGCUUCGGAGCAAACACAAACACAACUUCCACAACUACUCCUUUUGGAGGUACUACAACCACCACGGGUUUUGGAAAUGCCCAACAACCCGGAACAACUACUUCUGCUUUUGGCGGCGGCUUUGGUCAACAGGCCCAGACGCAGGCCAAGCCAGGCCUGUUCGGAAACACUCAACAGCAGCAAGGUGGAACAGGCCUGUUUGGCAGCGGUGGCACUACAGGCACGUCUCUCUUCGGAAAUCAGCAACAACAACAGCCGCAAGGUACAACAUCGCUCUUUGGAGGAGGUCAAACUCAACAGACCGGUGGCACUGGACUGUUUGGUGGGGCUCAGCAACAACAAGAGCAAAAGCCUGGUCUAUUUGGUGGUCUUGGUACGAAUACGGCAGCUACUGGCACUUCUGCUUUUGGCGGCUUGGGUGGCAAUCAGCCCGCUCAAACAGGAACAACCAGCUUGUUUGGCAACACCCAGACUCAGCCACAGCAGAAGCCGAGUCUAUUCGGGAACGCUGGUGGAAAUUCGAUGUUUGGUGGAGGUACAACCACUCAGCCCACCGGAUCUCUCUUUGGAGGCCAGACACAGCAACAACCAACAACUGGGUUUGGCACAAGCAUGUUUUCUACGUCUCAACAGAACCAGCAACAACCGGUUCAACAACAGGCACAGGCUCCAGCACCCGGAAGUUUCCAGGCUUCGCUUCUUGAUGGCAAUCCGUACGGCGGCCAAUCCAUUUUCUCGGGAUUGCCGGGCCAAAACGCUCCCAGCCCAGGUCCUCUCGCCACCCCUCUAUCAGCUAGCAUGAGACAGAAGCAACGUACACCUCUUCCAAUCUACAAACUCACGCCAAACGCUGCCAACCGUCUCAUCACCCCUCCCCGACGCCAAGGAUACGGCUUCUCUUACUCCACAUAUGGCAGCCCGGCCAGUGCUUCAAGCGUUUCUAGUUUCAGCGGAAGUUUGCUUGGUAGCAGCAGUCUUCGCGGAGGUAAUGUCAACGGCAGUUUCGGACGUAGCUUCGGAAAGAGCUUCUCCACCAGCAACCUUCGCAAGUCAUUCGAUCCGGACAGCGAUAGUGUCUUGGCACCGGGAGCUCUUACAGGCUCCGCAUCUCGUUACUCCAGUGGCAGCUUGAAGAGAUUGACUAUUGAUCGAAGCUUGAGAAACGACCUCUUCCAACGUCCUUCCGCAUCUCCCGCGCCAAUCACCAACGGCGAGGAUGCAGCACAAUCCCCCGACAAGCUCAAGAAACGUGUUAGUUUUGAGGCGACGACUAAUGGAGCCUUGGUUCGCGCUGAAACCGAAAGCGCUGAACCUACCGCUGAAGAACUUGGGUUCUUGCGCUCUAUACGCAAGGGUGAGCAAGUCAACGGCACGAAUGGAACCGCUCCUGGCAAGCCUAAGAAACCGGAAAUGGAACAAGCCCGGGGUAGCGAACUAGCUGUUGUACCAGAAACCGGUCUGCCUACAACAAAUGGUACCCCGAAAGGUGUUACCGUCGAUCCCCAGCCUGGCGAAUACUGGAUGAAACCAUCUCGCGCCGAAUUAAGCAAGAUGUCGCGAGAUCAGCUCAAGCAGGUUGAAGGAUAUACCGUCGGUCGACAAAAAUGCGGUCAAGUUACAUUUGAUCGCCCGGUUGAUCUCACUACUAUUGAUCUAGACAACGUCCUCGGCGGUAUUGUGCAGAUCACUGUUCGUUCCAUCACUGUCUAUCCAGACGAAGCGACGAAGCCUCCCCGUGGCAAAGGACUGAAUGUUCCCUCAACUCUACGAAUCGAGAACUCUUGGCCUCGUGGAAGGGAUCGCAAGACCUCGUCGAGCAUCAUCAGCGGCCCUCUUUUCGAUAAGCAUGUGGACCGCCUCAGCAAGGUGACUAACACCGAGUUUGUAACCUAUGAGAAAGACACCGGUGUCUGGGUCUUCCGCGUUGCUCAUUUUACUACAUAUGGUCUUGAUUAUGAAGACGAUGAAGGUGAGAGCCUCAACCAAAGCACAUUAAGUGCGGGCCCUGACACACCGACUCCGAAGGUACGGCGAGACGCAGGAGACCGAGCUGCCGAGACCACUGUUAACUCCGAAUUCGAUACGACGAUUUCGUUCGACGAUUCCAUUGCUGACGACACAUUUGAUUUUAAGAAGCGUAAAUUGGUACCUGGAGCUUUCGGAACCCAGGAAGGACAAAUUGAGGGUGAUGAGAUGAGUUUGGGGGAAGAAGAUGAUGAUGGAUCUACAGUAGAAAAUGACGACAUGACCGGCUCGAUUUCCUUGCAAGACGUUGACGACGUUACUGAGAGUAUUAAUUCUGAUGUAUCUAUUGAUGAUGGGGAUAUGGAGAUGGCGGGUUCUUUUCCGAUACCUCCUGACGACGCGGAGUCUGAAGAUUUGACUGCACAUCGCACCACGCAUUGGGGUACUCCCUCAAAGCCAAGCCUUGACCUUAGUGGCGAUUGGGCCGACCAGCUACAACGAACGAUUAGUCCACGAAAACAGAACCGUGACUUGUUGCGAGAGAAGCAGGCCGACGCUUUUGUUGACAGAAACUCACCAGACAAAAGACCCGAAUCGCGCGGGGUUCCUACUGCAAAGACAAAGACUAUCACCUCGAGCAUCGAUUUGAUGCACUCGCUCUUUGCGCACAAGGGUGUUCACGCAGGAUCACCAGGCAAGAAGCAGAAAGGACAAUUGAAGGCUUUUGAGUUGUCUCAUACGAAAACGCCGAAAACUUUUGCAAGCAGUUCUUUUGAACUGUCUGCUGACGAAGUCGCUUUUCAUCGUACACGCAAACCUCGCUGGGCAAGUAAGGAUACCAUGGUGAAGGUGAAUGAUGGUUACAGUAACGUUCAGGGCUCAAAUCAGCCAUGGUCGAGUGGUAUUUCUUUUGGCGAGAUUGAUGUGCUCAGGUUUGCUGAGGCAGCAGAGUCAAUCGAUGUUCUAGAAGCUCAGCGGCGCCAAUCUUCAAUCCGUCUUAUUGAUAGCGCACCAUUUGCUCGUUUGAACAGUUUUGAUUUCCGGUCAUUCGUACAAUCUUCUACGGGCCCUGAGCGGUAUGUCUGGCAACUGGUCAAUAUCCUCUUCAAUGAUGAGAUUGAGGAUGACAUCUCGGCUGGCGUGCCACCACAGCUUCGCAACAAUUUCCUGCACCGUAUAAAGAAGGACCGUCUCAGCCGACUUUGGGAAAACAUCGUUCGAGAAAAGCACGGUGAAGAUUUGGGGAAACUUGUUCUUCCGGAAGAAGUGGCUAUUGCCUAUCUCACGCAACAUCGUGUUGAGGAUGCAUGUAAGACUCUGGUAGAUAGCGGAAACCUUCAUCUAGCGACCAUGCUUGCCCAGAUAGGUCGAGAUCAUAUUAUUCGAAGCAACAUGCAGAAGCAAGUUGAAUCAUGGCGUCAACACAAUGUCUACUCCGAGUUCAACGAGCCAAUCCGUGCGCUGUACGAAUUACUUGCAGGCAACGCUCUCAGGUCAGUUGGUCGUUCUUCGGGAGCCACUGAAGACCGCGCGUCUACUUUUACGUUAUCAGAGCGAUUUGAACUUGACUGGAUCCAAGCCUUUGGUUUGCGACUAUGGUACAGCAUCACAGAAGACGAACCUCUUGAGGUUGCUGUUGCACGUUUCUUGGAUGAUAUCACCGCAGGUGACGAACCCGCAUACCCUUUUCCGGCGCACUUAGAACGAGAACUUGCUGGUUUGCGUCAAGGUGUCAACUCUUCUUUCUUGGAGUCCCCUCUUUGGGUUGUAUUGAAAGUUUAUGCUGCUACGAUGUCGACAAAUGUUGCUUCUGACUUGAAAGUCAAUCUUCCUGACGCGAUAUCCCCAGAGGCUGUGUCUGGCAGUCGGUUGUCAAGCCGUUUGUCAUUCCAACUCCACCAAGCACUUGCCACCAUAGUCGGUCAGAAUGAUAGUGUCACGAUUGACAAAGCUCGCACGGAUCAACUGACUUGGAGCUAUGCAUCGGAAUUGGCAGCUUCUAAUGCCGUGGAACCAGCUCUGUUCGUCUUGCUUCACUUGUCGCGCGCUACUGCCAGAGAGCGUGCCAUCAAAGAGACCCUUGGCCAAUUUGCCGCUUCGUUGCCAUCUCCACUGUCAGAUGGCAAGCCUGAUAAUGUCUGGAACUACCUCGUUCAAGCUUUGCAAUUACCUGAAUCAUGGAUCUGGGUCGCCAAGGCCUUAUACGCUAGGUACAGUGGCGACUUUGCCAAUGAAGUUGGCUAUCUCAUUCGCGCCAAGAACUGGAACGAGGCACACUCAACGUUCUGUCGUGUCGUGGGACCGCGAACCAUCAUAGAAGGCGAUUGGGGUCUCUUACGUGCGCUGAUUAAAGGAUUUGGUGAGUCGCCAGAUCGAAAAGUGCGUGGUUGGAGCAGUGGAGGAGCGGUGUAUGAGGACUACCUGCGGCUCGUUACGGCGCAGGGAUCGCGAGAUGCGAAUGUGCUGAAACGUCUGAUCGCAUCGUUGGGUCAUAUGGGUGAGAAGACUAAACAGACCUCUGGCCUGGAGGGGUUGGAGGAGCGAGUUGCGUUUAUGGAGAUGAGUCGUGUUGUGGCGGGAUGGAGKGCGCGAGAGGAGGAUGGUGUGGAUCUGUCUGCUAUUCUUCGGUUGCCAUUGACCGGGGAAGCGAGAGUAGCACAUACCGCUGAGAUAGGUCGUCGUUACUACAGCAUGGUCAUGGCUACUGCUCAUUAG